AUGCAGUCCCCCAGGAUGGCAGGGAAGAAGCGAGGGCGGCCCCCGCUCCAGCCAGCGCCCAUCAAAAUGGCUGUUCACAACCUCUUCUCGGCCCCAGCCGGUGCUCUGCCAGCCAUGAAGAUCCCAAAGAAGAGAGGCAGAAAACCUGGGCACAAGCUGAAAUCUCGUGUCCUGAUGACUCCUUUAGCAAUCUCUCCACCGAGAAGCACGCCGGAGCCGGAUAUUAGUUCAAUCCCCCAGGAUGCAGCUACGGUACCCAACUCGGACACCCCACAGGCUCUCACAGUCUGCAUUUAUGUCAACAAACAAGCAAACCUGGGGCCAUACCUUGACAGAAAGAAGGUGCAGCAGCUGCCAGAGCACUUUGGCCCAGAGCGGCCGUCGGCGGCUCUGCAGCAAGCAGUGCAAGCCUGCAUCGACUGUGCACUCCAGCAAAAGGUGGUCUUCUCCCUCAUCAGGCAGGGCUAUGGAGGCGAGACGGUGUCAGUUUCAGCUUCUUUUGAGGGCAAGCAGCAUCUCCAGAACCUGCUGGUAGUGAACAGCAUUGGGUAUGUCCUGCGCUUCCUGAAGAAGCUGUGUCGCAGCCUCCUGUGCGACAAUCUCUUCAGCAACCAGCCUUUCCAGCCGUACAGCGCCGUGACGGACAGCCCGGAGGGGUAUGAGAACACACGGAUGGAGGCAGAGACAGUUGUACCUGAGGACUACCUGGCUGAUGCUCCGAACAGGAAGCAGUACAGUGUGGAUCCUACCGACGCUGCCUUGGGUUCCAUGGGCUCCAUGUACACCGUGCGUCAGAGUCCUGCAGAUGGACACCUUGCCGGGGGCUCCUCUUCCUCCUGUAGCCAUCGUCCUGCCCAGAUGUCUGCAGGGGGGUCCUCAUCUACUGGCCUGCGGCAUCAGACCUCCAGCCCAACAAGGAAUGGGGCCUAUCUUGAAGGAAACAGAAGUGCCUCAAGUCCUUCACCUGAACGACAAGAUGCUGGUCGGCCAUCAAGCAAGAAUCCUUUGACCUGGACAGUGGAUGAUGUGGUUUGGUUUGUGAAGGAUGCAGACCCUCAGGCUUUAGGCCCUCAUGUGGAACUCUUCAGAAAACACGAAAUUGAUGGCAAUGCUUUGUUACUGCUGAAAAGCGAUAUGAUCAUGAAAUACCUGGGGCUGAAAUUGGGACCGGCACUGAAACUGUGUUACCACAUUGAUAAACUCAAGCAAGCCAAGUUCUAA